AUGGCGUCCAAGACUGAGAAGCCGCAACUGGCCGGCGCUCGUAUCAAGAGCCGCAAGCGUGAUGAAAAGGUCAAGUUUGACCCCGUUGCCUUCUCCGAGUCGCUCAUCACGCGACUCAACGAUUGCGAGAAUCUUGCCGAGUACCUUGAGGAAGCCGGCAACUCGCUCGACUACCGUCGUUACAGCGAUCAGUUUUUUGACAUUUUCAUUGCUGGUGGUAUUCUGGCUCCUGGCGGUACUCUCGAGCAUCCCGAGCUCGCCACCUCCGAAUUUUGCGUCUUCCGAGCCGGUGCAAGCGACGAGGAAGUGAAGCAGUAUUCCACCAUGCUGGACAAGGUACUUCGACGAUUCAAGUACCUGCAGGUUCUGCUUGAGGAGCAUGCCGUCAAGGUCCUCAAGUUUCUCAAGGCUUUUACCGAGGAGCAGCGUGUGGCCCUUGCCAAGUUCAUGGCCCAGAUUAUGUCCUCGGGCAUGUGUUCAGCCAAGCCUUUGAACAGCUUGUUCCAGGAUCAGCUGGUCAAGGAUGGCUUUUCAGAAGAGUUUAUGUUUAGCUUGUUCCGCGGCUGGCUGGCCGUGAGCUCUAUCAACUCACUGGCCACCAGCUUCCGCAAGGGCAGCAUUGUCAUUGACAAGCUCCUUUUGAUUUACCCUCUGAACAAGCGCUCAGAAGACCACCUCAUCGAGCGCAUUCGCGAGGUCGGUGGUCUGGACGACAUUGUCACUUGGCUCAACUCACAGCGUACCACGGCCAUGAAGUCGGAGCUGCAAGCCACCCUGACUGACGCGUUUGCGGACGAAAAGAAGCCUUCGGAAAUUGUGGCCAUUGCUACCGAUGCCAUGAGCAAGUCAAGCAUGAAGGACCACGAUGUGGUGACUAUCCUCUGGACUGCGCUCAUGGACGCCGUCGAAUGGAACAAGAAAUCGGAUCUGAUUGUGGAACAGGCACUGCGUCAGGUCAACAAGUACUGCCGCCUCUUGGCCCACUUCACGCAAAACUCAGAGAAGGCUCAACUGCUGCUGAUUAACAAGACCCAGAACUACUGCUAUGACAACCAAACCAUCAUGAAGGUCUUUGUCAAGAUUAUCAUGCUGCUCUACCAUCACGGUGUGAUUGAGGAGGAGGCGAUCCGGGCCUGGUAUGACGGCCGCAACAGCUCCAAGGGCCGCACCGUCUUUUUGGAGCAGACCGCGCCCCUUAUCGAGUGGUUGGACACGGCGGACGUGGAGUAA